GUUGUCGUCGGUCCUUAGAGGCAGCUCUAUACAUACAUGCGGUGCACAUAAAGCACAUAAAGCACAUAACGCAUGGCAUUUCUACCUACAUUAUAGAUCUAGAUCUCCCUCUAGCUCUGUUCUCUCACUCCACACAUAACAAUUUCAUACUAAAUAUCAUACUAUUCCUAUGGUAGAGUAGGUAGAGUAGUAGUAGCAAAGUAGAAGUAGCAUAGAUCACUCUAGAGUUAUGUACGCAUCUACGCAUCUACUCAUCUAACGCAUCUACGCAUCUACGCAUCUACGCCGCACUGCAGACCUGCACUACUGGCUAUUAAACCGCCGUUACUUCUACGGCUACCUAGACAGCCCACCCUCCACAUGUACUCAGUACUUGCCUCACCUGCCUCCUUCUGACCUUUACCUUACUGACCUAACAAACUAAACUAACUAACUAACCAACCCCUACACCCCGGAACAGGCCCAGACAACCUAGACGACCCAGACGACAGAACAGUCCACCCACCAUUCGACCACUCGACCCAUUCCAAAGUGGAGAAAGUCUUCUACUUUACCUCCCCUUCCAUCUUUCCACCCUCCCCAAAACCCGCACACCUAUCGUCCAUCAUUUGCAAAACAUCAUCUUUCAUACUUACUCUUACUUACUCACAUACAUAUACACACACAUACAUACCCUUUGCGCGCCAUCUUCUCUGCUCGACAUUCAAUCUGUCUGUCCAAAUUCCCUUACACAUCUCGCUCUCUGCCUCUCGUCGCAUCAAUCGCCACCCGCCGUCACAAAGCUUAGGCUCCAUCCCCACAAAGCUCUCGCGUGUCGCCUUUCAAAAGCUCAUUGCCACAAACAAUCGAUCCGCCACAACAUAUCCUGUGUCGCCUUGACCUUACAAUACCCUGAGAGAGUCUACUCUGACACUUUCAACCCCAUACCUCACAUACACCGACUGCCAUUAUUGCGACGGGAUAUAACUCCCUAGGCUAGGCUGUCGCGUCCUCUCUCUCCAGACGACAAUGGGCAAUGAAUAGUUGAGGCGAAUUCAGCCUUCUUUAUCCUCUCAGGAGGCCUGGAACAUUUCAUUUGGGUUAUUAGAAUAGGAGAAUCUAGACUUUGAAAGGAUCGCGAUCUGCAUUGGCGGAGGAAAUAUAUCACUCCUCGACUGUACAACAUAUUAAUACGACAUGAACUCUGGAGCGAAAACCCGGCCGGCGGGCAAAUCUAACCAGUCAUCCUCAUCCUACCCCACCACAAUGUCAGCAAGCAACCCCUCCAUUUUGCUCGACAAACUCAACGGGAGACGAUCCACCCCUGACUCUGAGGCUCUGGCCAGCUCGGACGAUGAGGGUGACAACCAGCAGCGGCAGGAGAGUACCAUGCCGACAGCACCGCCUCAUAAGCCUGUUCGUCGCGCCUCUUGGCUGAAUGAUACAACCCAGCCUUUGAGCCAGCCUCGCAAGGGUUCUUUCGCAAGCAGCACAAUGUCACCAACAACCUCACAUCCCACCACUCCAUCUACCGAGACAGGCGCAUGGGGUGCGCAUACGUCCACAUCAUCCGCUACAGCUGCUGGCCGCGUCCCUCCUGGAUCUACAUCAUUUCCCUGGGGAUCUGGGAUCUGGAAUACUGAAACCAGAAAAGACGCACCCCAUAGGUUGUCAGAGGUCCUUCCGUCACCAACCAGCCUGACAGGCGGAUUCGCCAAUAAUGGCCUCUUCAACACAGACAGCAGUAAUUCUCAGGGCCUCGCUGCAUCUCGUGAUGCGCCUGCAGAGACAACAAUACCUUUCGCAAUUCCUCUUCAUCCAACCCCGAAGACAUAUCGCUCCCAGUCCUACUCUGUCGGGCAACUCGACUCCGAGAGCAAUGUUCCUGGUGCGGGCAUUCUGCCAGGCCCUGGCUUCAACGGCCGUGGCCGCGGAAUGCACCAUUCAGGGUUACAGCACCGACCAUCAAGGCCCAGCAUGCUAAGUGAGGUGUCAGGUGACGGAACUGGGCUUGGAAAGCUUAAGGAAGUUGAUGACGACGACCUGGAAGAGUUUGACAACAAUAUGGCCCAUGGUUCGCAGCUACAGGACCAGGCCAAGGUGCUCGAGGCACUGGCGCGAGAGAAUGCAAUGCUCCGUAAGCAGAACUAUCAUAACUCAAGGCUUAGGCCGAGAGCUGCUACCAGCACAUCCCUUGCUCCCUUCCAGCCUGGGUAUACAUACGGGUUGCAAGAUACAUUGCCGGAAGAAUCCGACUAUGCCAUCGAUGAGAUGGAUGAGAUGGGCGAGCUUCAAGACAUCGGAAAUAAAUCGAUGCUUGCACGCCGACUGAGCGAAUAUAGCGAGGGUCAACUAGGAAGAGGAGGAUAUGGCGCAGCUGAGAACCGAAAACUUGAGAACGUGAAAAAGGCGAUUUGGCAGAGCUCAUUGGGGUUUGGCGGAUUAUCAGACAUCUCUCAAAGUCGCAGACACUCGUUUGCUGACGUCCCGACCCGCCAUGCUUCUGUAGGCUCUGUUGGUGAGCAGAUGCCAGGCCGUGAAAAUGGCCAUCAAGAGCAAAUCUUGCCUCAAGAUGUGCAGUCACGCUAUGCUGACUCCACUGAUUAUACGAUUAAUGAUCAUGCAGUAUCAUAUUUCGGCGGCGCACCCGUCCAAGCAAGAAAUACCGAGGCAUAUGGAUUACCGCCCUAUCAACAAGCCUCUGCCUAUCAACCUUACCCUGCUGCCCCAGCCUAUGGCAGUGUGCAACCGACCUCUCCUCAUCGCAACAUCUACAGUGUACCCCAGCCACGACAGAAUCAACUUCUCUAUAUCGUGCUCUUCAAGUGCUCAAGAGCCGACGUUUUCUACGUCCAGGAAGGAACUGGGCUCUCUGUCAAACCCGGUGACCUUGUGAUUGUAGAGGCGGAUCGUGGAACUGAUCUAGGCACGGUAGCCCAAGACAAUGUUGACUGGGCCACAGCGAAAGAAUUAAAAGAGCAUUACGCUGAAGAGCACUACAAGUGGCUGAUGAUGUACUCGCAAGGUGCAGUUGGCACUGCCGAUGGAACAGGCGCGGGUUUGAUGGCCGCCUCAAAUGGACUUCAGGGAAGUGCCGUUGGUGGGAUGGGUCCUCCCACUCAACAUGGAAUGCAAGAGCCAAAUCCUGGAGAACUAAAGCCAAAAAUCAUCAAGCGUUUGGCGCAGAACCAUGAAAUACAGGCUCUCCGGGACAAGGAAGGAAAUGAAGCCAAGGCAAAGAGAGUUUGCAUGCAGAAAGUAAAGGAGCACGGCCUCCACAUGGAAAUCCUUGAUGCCGAAUUUCAGAUGGAUUGGAAAAAGCUCACUUUCUAUUACUUUGCGGAUGCUUAUAUCAACUUCAACUCCCUGGUUACAGAUUUGUUCAAGGUCUACAAGACCAGAAUCUGGAUGUCUGCCAUAAAUCCGGCGUCAUUUGCUAGCCCAAGCCUGGGACUUCAAGCCCCUAGCGGAGUCGGCCCAGGUGCAGUUGGCGCGAACAGACAAACCCAGGUGGAGAGAAGACCACAGCAGCCACCCCAGCAAGAGCAGCCCAAUUUCAAUGCCUUGAACCAAGGUGCUCGAGGAUACAAGCCCGGGGCUGCUAAUGCUUUUCAGCCCACACUUGAUAAGCCCAGCGUGUCCCCAACGUCGUUCCAGCAGCCGUUCACUUACGGCCAUUCAGCAUUCACCCCAGCUCCACGUAACGGACCAGGCAACUAUGGCCCGAAUAUGAUGCAGCAGAUGGAGUCGUUUUCUCAAUUCCAAACUGCAGCAGAUUAUCACGGCGCGCCUGAUCGCUUCCUACCAUCCCAUACAACUGGUAAUGGCCAAGAUCCUGGCGAUUUUAGCCGACCAGGGGGUGACAACGAGGGCUGGAUGAAUUCAUUUCAAGGACUGUCGCUCAACAGCCGUUGAUUGACCAGUUUUAUUCGCGUUAGUUCGAUAUACAUUUCCUACUUGCCUCCUCGUUGGAGGCCACUGCGAUUCUUUGCUUUAAUACGAUACACCAUAAAGCCGCAACUCUGACGGUGAGGGUUUCGGGUGUUUCUUUGGUCGCUCAUUUCAAGCACCUUCUUUACCGGUAUACCACACACAGAAAUGGGAAGUUGGGGCCGAUUAACGACUGAUGAAGGGAGAUCGCUAGGGAGGUUAUAGAUAGAUUUGCAAUUGGGGGUGUCGUUUUUUUACCGUAAACAGAGUUGGGUAAACAGAGGCUUUCGUGCUGGGCUCAAAAGGGGUAUCUGCAUGGAGUUUCAAUUGUCUGCCUUUUUGAUAAAUUUGGGCAAUUUGAUGGCGGGAUUUGCGUUUAGUGGGUUGACUAGUUACACACUAUGAUAUGAAUGGAUAUUCUAGACUGCUACUCUACUCUUUUUCCAUCGCUGAUCUAGGCAAGCCUUGGCACAGGUGCUCUUCACAGUGAGAAUUUGCUUCCCAAUUGCCUGUAGUUUCUUGGGG